GAGAUGGGAAUACAUAAUCAAACUCUCGUCCGCCUAAAAACUUCGGUCUUGAUUCGGUUGAAGAGAACGCUGUUGUGGUUCAAAUGCAAGUGUGGAUGCCAAGCAGACCGGAGAAGGAAGGAAACUAUAGCACAAGGAAGAAAGAGGUGUAUUCUUACACUUCACUACACAGUGUUAAACUAUUAACAUAAAGUCCUAAUAAAAUACAAAACAGUUUGUGAUUAGCAUGACAAAAUGCACAAACGUUCCAGUAUUUUGCAAGCUGUCUCUCCAACUGCAUGUCUGCAUAUUGCUUUCAAGCAUCUUAGUUAUUCUUACAGUAAUAGGGCCGUAAGACGCCGGGCUGUAAAAAGCUGUGCUUACAAAGGCCAUUGUAUGCAACGCAGACACGAGAACCAAAGAGGAAAAAAAUACGGUUUGCGUUUCUUAGCCUGAGAGGAGAUGAAUUCAAUCCACGCCACAGGAAACGAGAAAGGAGACUGACAUUUUUUUCUCCACCCCCUUCUAUGCUAACGCCUGUAAUGUGUUGCGGUACAAAGAACUGCGACACCUGUGUAUUUUACCUGGAAGUGGAUAACAAGUAGGAGAGCCGGCGUUUGCUCUCCUACCCCUGCAGGAGCCCAUAAUUCAUGCCUGGCUUUGAGCCUGUGGUGCUAACUGGCUGCUGAUUGCCCACCCAUACACUGGGCUUUCUCCUCAUGCAGAAACUGGCUUCUUCAAGGGGAAACCAUCUUAAUGAGAUUAUCUGUCAGAGGCAUGGGCCUGUCUAGACCACCCAAUACACAACCGCCAGCAUCGUCCCCCCCACUACUUUCCCGCGGUCCAACCUGAGGAUGGCCUCAGGUACGACUUACCUGCAGGAACAGUGCAUGGUAUCACCACACCAUUAUGGGUUCACACAGAGUUUCCCCACCCACUCUGUAAUUUGGUAGAGAAAAGAAGUGUAAAAGGGGAUUGUUAUGUAAUGUGACGUUUUACCCACUUUCACAAGCACGUUCCCCAUCUCACUAUGUGUAUUACUUUUGUGCUCCUAAGGAUCUCGUUCUUUUUGAGAGAACAGCAACACAUUAUACUUGACCACCCUUUCUACUCCAUUUCUCUUAAUUGCGUCAAAUGACUCGCGCUGAGUGUUUACCGCGUCACACAAACACACCAAGUGGCAUUUCUGCCAUCGGUUAUGUGUGUGUCAAUGAUAUUUACGCCGGUUUCUGGAGCUGCCGGUUUCUGGAGCCGCUGCCAGAGCCCGAUCUGCAGCAGGAAAGUCCGUUCAUAUUUGUUUUAAAGUCUCUUAGCAGUUAAUAAAGGCGCAUUUCCUCCUUCCCCCUUCCUGUGGGGACGGUAUCAGGGCUCUGUUAAGUCUCUUUGAUUUCCAGCACCCCUCCAAUCACAGCGGGGCUCUGACUCAUCAUUGUGUCACUUCAAAGCCUGGGAAUGGCCCUCCUGGCUCCACCUACCAAAGGGUCCCCCUUAAAAGUCAUGGUCACUCUCUCUGGCAGCAUCUAUCUGAUGCGACAGGACAGAACUGUUUGGACUCACCUUAAGCUGCUGGAUUUGUCUUCAACACAUGAGACGCGGGGGUGGACGGCGGGGGGGGCUACAAUUUGGAUUUACCCAACAUUUGGAUUGCUUGUCAUCCUUUCAUGCAUAGAAAUCCCACACUUCUCCUGUCUGGCCACUGAAACUGGAAAAUGCAGUCCAUCAGGGGUGAGUUCCCGACGCCUUUUUAUUGAAUUGUAAAGCAGAAUUGAACCUGUUCUCCUCAGUUCAUCCCUGAUGAAAAACUCAACCCCUUUUGGUGUCAAAUGUCUAUAGUAAAUCUUACUUUGCCGCAGAGCUAAAGUCUAACUUCAGCGGUCCACCUCCUGCCUCCAUGGCCGCCGGCCCUGACACCUAUCUCCAGGGCAGCAUCAGGAUGACUCUGGAAGACCUCGAACUGUGGAAGACGUUCCAUGAAAUUGGAACGGAGAUGAUAAUCACAAAACCGGGCAGGAGGAUGUUCCCACACUGCAAACUGAGUUUAUCUGGUCUUAUUCCGUGUGCCAAGUACAUCUUACUGGUUGACAUGGUUCCAGAGGAUGGCUUCAGGUAUAAGUGGAAUAAAGAGAAAUGGGAGGUGGCAGGAAAAGCGGAGCCUCAGCCUCCCUGCAGGACGUACCUCCACCCAGACUCUCCGGCCCUGGGGAGCCACUGGAUGAAACAAAGCGUCUCGUUCCUCAAGCUCAAGCUCACCAACAACACACUCGACCAGCAUGGGCAUAUCAUCUUGCACUCAAUGCAUCGCUACCACCCUCGUUUCCACGUUGUCCAAGCAGACGACCUGUUCAGCGUCCGCUGGAGUGUGUUCCAGACUUUCACCUUCCCAGAGACGUCCUUCACUGCAGUCACUGCCUACCAGAACACCAAGAUCACAAAACUGAAGAUUAAUCACAACCCAUUUGCAAAGGGUUUCAGAGAUGAGGGCACUAAUAAAAAAAGGCGUGCAAACAAAAACCCUGCAUGUCUAGAAAAAAGGGCCAAGAUACCAGGCGUGUUGAACGAGGACUCCAAGGACAGCAGUUCGCCAGGGUUCUGCCAGUCAUCAUAUGAUGGCUACGACGGAGAAGAGAGCCGCCUGGCCAAAAGGAAAGACGAGGAUGCUGUAAAGGAAGAGCGGUACUCCCCCUGGGGCGCCGAGAGGCAGCAGGGUGUGAGGACCGACUCUCCCGCCGGGACGGACACUAGAGAUAUCUACAACACGGAGCAGCUCGUUCCCACUCCUGCAUCCUACCAGCUGUACAGGGCCCACGAGUACAGAAAGUCUCCGUCCCCCUCCUCCAGCGUCGGCAGCAGCGUCACUGGAUCUGGACGGAGCAGCUUCGAGUCCAGAGUUCCCGACAUUGCCACCGUCCCCGAUCACAACUCCUCUAAGCCUGGCCCUUCCCACUGCGGGCCCCAGCCCCUGCCGGGCCCCCAAGACUAUAGCGGAGUGCUGAACAUGACCAUGGCCCAGGCCGGCAAGCCGGGGGUCAUCGGCCACCACAUUUACAGCCCCUACAGCACGGAACAGCCGCUGGGCCAGUGGAGCGGGCCGGGACCUGCGCAGUAUCCCCCUCCUCACCCUCUGACCGCCGACUACACCACGCAAGCUGUGCAUCAUGGCUAUCACCAUGGCAACGUGGGCGAAUGGAGCCAAUAUCCGCUGUUCUCUUACUCCUGCUGGUGAGCAGGCUCCUCAGCGUCAAAUGAUUGAGAGCUUAUUAAAUCUGACGGCUGAUGUGAGGCGCACAGACCCGACAACGCAUGCCCCAAACGACGCUGAAGGCCUGACACCCGCGGCAAGAGGAAGGAGGAGGAAGAGGAAGAAAUGUGGCCCAGCGGGCCUCGACUUUCAGGAGAAACUGAAUCUCUCCAAACCUCGGAGCCCUGCGGGAUGACCGUUCCCGUCUAUUUAUUUUGUCUUUUGUCUCAUCUAUGGCGUAAAUAUUAUUUUUGUACAGAAAAAGAAGAAUUAAACCUAAGUGUGCAAAUUAUGUGUGUCUAUGUCUUGUAUUGUGAAGCGAAAAUAAAAAAAUCUUAUGCGAUACUAUUUCUUUGUUGUCUUGCGUUCUGGUUUUCAUACAUUCCCAGCACAGACGCCGCUGACCGGCUCUGCCUUGCAGGGAUGGAACAUUUAUACUUCACAUGUCAACUCAAGAUUGGGCGUAUUCCGACGUAUACUAAA